AUGUAUAUACGUGUUGAUGACGGUGAUUGUGGAAUGGGAAUGCAGUUGUAUGGGUGUAUGAUUAGACUGGCAUUGAAUGUGGUGGAACGGAAGAAUAAUUUGGUUGUUGGUAAAUUGGCAUGUCAUAUGGGUAUGGGUGGAUUGGUAAGACCUUUUGGUGUAUUGGCAGGUCAAGGGGGCAUGGGUGAGUUGACAGGCCAAGGGGGCAUGGAUGAGUUGACAGGCCAAGGGGGCAUGGAUGAGUUGACAGGCCAAGGGGGCAUGGGUGAGUUGACAGGCCAAGGGGGCAUGGAUGAGUUGACAGGCCAAGGGGGCAUGGGUGAGUUGACAGGCCAAGGGGGCAUGGGUGAGUUGACAGGCCAAGGGGGCAUGGGUGAGUUGACAGGCCAAGGGGGCAUGGGUGAGUUGACAGGCCAAGGGGACAUGGGUGAGUUGACAGGCCAAGGGGGCAUGGGUGAGUUGACAGGCCAAGGGGGCAUGGGUGAGUUGACAAGCCAAGGGGGCAUGAGUGAGUUGACAGGCCAAGGGGGCAUGGCAUCUCGAGAGUAUGAUUCACAUAUUGAUGAAUUUAAUGAAGUUGGUUUCACUGCAUUACCGAGUAAAUAUGGAAUAGCUCCAAUCGUCAAAGAAUCACCGUUAUCUCUAGAAUGUUCUCUCUAUUCAAGCAUGGAUAUUGGAAAACCAAAAUAUGGAGGGUCUACAAUUAUAGUUGGUAAGAUUGUAUGCUUACACAUCAAUGAAACUAGCUGGAAAGACAACCAAAUUAUACCAGAAACUCUACAGUCAGUCUCAAGGCUUGGUUCUAUGAAUUACGGCAGUGGUGACAUCAAAUUUAGUAUCAUUGAUGACACUGUGUGGAGUAAAAAACAUUGGUAG